CUGGAGCUGGACGGCGAUCAGGACAUCGUCGUCUACGAUCAGAGUUCUUCAGAUCCGGCGUCUCUCAGCACCGAGUCCUUCCUCAGCGUCCUGCUGGUGAAACUGGCGAGGAGCUUCCCCUCAGUGCACCUGCUCUCAGGUGGAUUCUCCGAGUUCUGCCACCUGUUCCCGGGUCUGUGUGAGGGGAGGUCCACGCUGGUCCCCUCCUGCAUCUCUCAGCCCUGCCUGCCGGUCACCAACAUCGGGCCGACCCGCAUCCUGCCUCACCUGUACCUGGGCUGCCAGAGGGACGUCCUCAACAAGGUGAGACCCAGCCCGUAGAGACCCGUCCAGA